UUUGUUCUCAUGCCAAAGGCUUAAUUAUGAGGAGGGAGAAUGUCUUCAGAGGCACGUGCACAUGCAUUCCAAAGAAGGAGCAAAUGCACGCUAAACAGGAAAAGAUCUGAGGCUUUAAUGAAGGGUUAACUCCAAUCCAAAGGCACUUUUGUGGGAGCUGAUUGCUCAGGCUUCUACGUGAGGGCUUUAGACAGGCAGAGAUACAAAAAAAAAACAGCUGCAGGUUGAGUUUCAAAUGCUACCACCACCCCCCGCUCCCCCCACCACCGCAGUCUCCAAGAAGAGACCCAAGUCCACAGACCUCUGAUUUGGGGGCUGUCAAACAGGAUGAGCAGCUGCAGAGCUGGAGGGCAGUGCCAGUCAGCCCGCAGGAUGCUGUCGCCCCUCUGCCUGCUGCUCCUGCUGCUGCUACCACCCUUGGGGGCCACCACUGCCCUCCCUCUGGAGGGUGGCCUCACCAGCCACGACAGCGACAGCGGGCAUAUGCAGGAAGUGGCAGAAAUAAAGAAAAAUAGCCUGUUGACUUUCCUGGCGUGGUGGCAUGAAUGGAUGUCCCAGGCCAGGGAGGUGCCCUUCGUGGGAGGGGAGACCAGGGAAAUGCCCAAGAAGCAGGAAGGGCUGCCCCGCCAACAGGCCUCGCGCGGAGAUAGAACGCCCUGCGGGAAUUUCUUCUGGAAGACCUUCUCCUCCUUCAAGUAAAACUCCACCCGUGGUCUCUGGCGCAAAGUGUCAUGAUGGAUCUGAAUAAAAGGCAUUAAACAGC